AUGUCUCAAAUUAACUCGCCAACGACAAAUGGCGAAAGGACGAGUAUUCAUGACAUGUUAAAGGAUACGCCGCCGAAUGAAAUGAAAACAACCACCCUGCCAUCGUCAUCUAAUAACACGUCUAUUUCAAGAUCUGGUCCAACGAGUUUAUCCCCAACUAGUAACCCGCCAUCGGGGCUGAACUCGCCCUCAUCCAACGAUGAGGCCACAUUACUCAGAAACAAUUCCUCUCGAAUAGAAAAUAUUAAAAAUUGGUCAAUAUCUACGUACAAAUGUACCAAACAAAUCAUGUUCGAAAAAUUAGGGAAAUCGUCAAGAACCGUAGAUACUGAGCUGGAAACUCGAAUAGAACAACUCAAAGACACCCAGAAAAAGUACAUAAACAUUUUACGUUUGACCAGAACCUUGACCAACCAUUUUUACCACGUUGUGCAAACCCAGCAUGCGUUAGGAGAAGCGUUCUCUGAACUGGCUCAAAAGUCUCCGGAGCUCCAAGAGGAAUUUCUGUACAACUGCGAGACCCAAAGAAACCUGACGAAAAACGGCGAGACUCUCUUAGGUGCUUUAAAUUUUUUUAUAUCGUCGGUGAACACGCUGUGCAACAAGACCAUCGAAGACACCUUGCAGAGCAUCAGACAAUACGAGGCAUCGAGGAUCGAAUAUGACGCGUACCGCACGGACUUGGAAUCUCUAUCUACGAAACCCGAUGGCACUAUCGGCCUGGAGGAAGCCCAGCAGAACUACGAGCUGCAUCGGCAGAAUUUCAUGAAGCUGAGAACAGAAGUUACGAUCAAGCUGAAAUUUUUAGACGAAAAUAGAAUUAAAGUGAUGCACAAACAGCUGCUCCUGUUCCACAAUGCCAUAUCAGCGUAUUUUUCUGGCAAUCAGGCGGCCUUGGAGGCGACUUUAAAGCAGUUCAAUAUUAAAGUGAAGGCUCCCAAUUCGACAUUCCCAUCGUGGUUAGAGCAAUAG